AUGCACGUGUUUGUGACGGUCGGGACGACCAGGUUUGACGCGCUCGUGGCCGCGCUCGAUACGGACGCGUGUUUGUCGGCGCUGGUCGAUAGGGGCUUCACGUCCGUGCGCAUGCAGAUUGGCCACGGUGUUUACGUCCCGCGCCCGUCGUUCCCGGGUCUCGAGCUCAGUUUUUACCGCCACGAUCCGCACUACAAGAACGACGUGGCAAAGGCCGAUCUGGUCGUGAGUCACGCGGGCGCGGGCUCGAUCAUGGACAGUCUAGCGCUCCGGAAGAAGCUCGUGGUGGUCGUGAACGAGACGCUCAUGGACAACCACCAGACGGAGCUGGCUGAAGCCAUGGCCGAGCAGUACUUCUGUCUCCAGACGUCGGUGGACGAGCUGCCGAGCGUGCUGGCGACCGGCAAUUGGACCGACUUGCAGCCGUAUCCGGCACCGGACGAACGCGCGUUUCCAGACUUGGUGGACGCGGUCAUGGGGGUGACGCAAGCCACGAGAGAGCAGUAG